GUGGCUGGGUUUGCUGAAGGACAUCGGCUGCUGAGUUUGUGACUUGAACGAAGAAGAAGAUUGAAGUCAUGGCUGGUCCAGAAAGUGAUGGCCAAUUCCAGUUCACUGGUAUUAAAAAAUAUUUCAACUCUUAUACCCUCACAGGUAGAAAGAAUUGUGUCCUGACCACAUAUGGAGGCAUUGCUUUGUUGGUCCUAUACUUUAAGUUAAGGCCUAAAAACACCCCCGCUGUGAAAGCAACAUAAAGGAUUUU